AUGUCUGGACCAAUCCUUCCGCUCAAUGGCCUCACAGUCAGCUUUAUGGCACUCCCAACCGUUGUCGGCACAUUCUUCAAGCACAUCCUUCCAUCUCCAGAUACUGAUCCGGCUCAUCGCAGCGAGCUGAAAUCAGAUGAAGCACUAGCUGUUGCUAAAUCAAUGAGUCAAAAAAUCACUCAAUACCCUGUGGAAGACGUGCAGCGCCUUGCGAAUACCUUCCAGCCGGCCCCCUGGAGCGUCAGGGUCAUCCGCGUCUCCAUUCCUGCUUCAACAUGCUCUUCCGCUGCCGAGUACCUCACCGCGGCCUUUGGACCUGAUGAGAUCAAGAAUCUGAUUGGUGGACGGCAGUGGUGGCAGCUUCGCGGUAACAAGGACGGCUCAGUCGAGGGGGAAUGGAUUGCCAUGAAGCGCGACCUGCCUCGGUCGCCUUCCUCACGGUCCAUGUCGCGUUCCUCGUCGAAACGAUCCCCUUCGCCAGCGCCCACCCAGGGCAGAUCUUCUCAUUCCAAAUCACCCGAGGUGUCCAUCACAAGGCGCAAAACCAUCUUUGGCUCUCUUCGCCGUCACCCCGACGCAUCCUCCAAAUCAUCUGUCAACAACAGCUCGGCUCAACCUACUGACCUACUUGCUGCCCCGGCUUUGCAAUCCACUCUGUCCGACGAAGAAAAUCUGCCUCACCUGUUCUCCACACUCGACCCCGGCACAACUCCCAUUCAACCUGUGGACUCAAACAAUCCUAGCUCAUCCUCCUGCCAAGACGAGAUGCCCAGUGACCCGUACGAGGAUGACUUGGAUAAGAUGCCUUGCAUGCUUUAUAUUCACGGAGGAGCUUAUUACUUUGGCAGCGUUAAUACCCAUCGAUAUACCAUCUGGAGGUAUGCUCGGAAGAUGGGUGGUCGCGCAUUUGCUGUCAACUACCGGCUCGCCCCUCAAUAUCCAUUUCCUUGUGCAUUGGCCGACUGUCUUGCAGCAUACCUCUAUCUCAUCCGGCCGCCGGAAAAUGCCAAACACAGGAUGGUAGACCCGUCCAAAAUCGUCAUUGCGGGUGACUCUGCGGGUGGAGGUCUUAGUUUGGCUUUGCUGACUUUGAUUCGUGAUGUUGGACUGCCGAUGCCCGCUGGCGCUGUAUUGAUCUCCCCAUGGGUCGAUCUCACACACUCAUUCCCGUCCAUCAUGAGCAACGCCGAUACAGACAUUAUACCACCCUACGGAUUUAUGCAUCAGCCCAGUGUGCUUUGGCCGCCGCCAUCCCUCAAGUCCAGCGUAUCUGGCAAAACCUCUGCCAUGCCCGCACACCCGUCGGAAGCCCAACCCUCUGCCACAACCUCCGAAUCGCAAUUCUUAAAUCCGAAUCAAGAUCUUAACCCCUUCAAGCUGAAGGUAUGCUCCCAGAUCAAAGUCCGCACCGAUGGGUCUGAUCAGGCCACUACAAUCAUCGAGCUCAAAGAUGGUCAACCAGUCAAAAUGGAUCAGCAAAUUCAACUCUACGCUACCAAUGAUCAAUUAACUCAUCCAUACUGCUCCCCUCUUUUCUCACCAAGUCUAGGUGGAUUGCCACCCUUGCUGAUCAUUGCUGGCGAGAACGAAGUUCUCAGGGAUGAAAUCAUUUAUCUUGCUCAUCGUGCCGCACACCCAGACCGAUAUCAUUUACGGGAAGAUUUACUGAACGCUCACCCCGAGAGGAAAGCCAAGGCGGCUGAAUACCCGCCGACCAAGGUUCACCUUCAGGUCUACGAUGAGAUGUUUCAUGUUCUGCCCAUGUUCUCUUUCCUUCGACCGGCCAAGUAUUGCUACAGGGCAAUCGGCUCCUUUUGUAAAUUCGUCACUGCUUCCGAAACCGAAAACACUCCGAAUACUUCUAGCAAGCCCAGAUCACCCAGUCAGGAUGAAAGACACGAGCCCGAACAGAGCGGGUCAGCGCCCCCGCCCGGCUCGUUAGGCAACAUGCAGGUGUCUGCGUCGACAGAUUCCUCGCAGAUGCCUGAAUCCAAUCAGCCGAUCUUCACGUCGAAGCUCACAUCUCCACCAGCACAGCUUCCCACGCCGCCUCCCUCUCCGCUGGUCGCACGCAUUCCGUCUGACCGAAAACUCUCUCGCAUCGCACCUGACGCGCCACCUCGGCCGACUCUUCCAGAAGCCACUUUGGCCGAACUGGAACACACCAUCUACCACGCCUCAUUCCCGGAACGACGCCCCGAGUUUGUGGACGAAAUGAUCCGUGAACGGGUGGCUCUUGAUGGGCACAUUAGACCCUUGGAAGAUGAGGCCGAGCUCGAUAUCCUGAGAAUCUCGCCCAACGACUUAGGAGUCAUCAAGGACGGGCCUCUCAGACGAUGGGCUGAAGGUCGGAAGAUCUGGGAUCACAAAUUCAUGGGAAGAUAUAAGAAGAUCCAGGUCCAACGAGAGCAUCACAUCAAGCGGUCAAACAAACGUGUCAAAGAGACCAUGAAAAAGCUCUCCGAGCCGCACAUGUCGCAGAAGAAAAACAAGAAGAAAAGGCAUGGCCGGAAGCCCUCUGCUAGUGCAGACCCAUUGCCUGAACCGGUCAGUAAUGCAGCAGCCUCCACGAACUGUGACGGAGUCGCUGCCCGGGAGGCCCCUUGUGAGCAGCCAGAUUCCUCGGCAGAAGAGGCUCCUGCGGAUCGGUUCGGAUGGACGUUGUCGGACGACGAGCGUCCUCCACCCAGCUCGAUCGCGGCCAGGAAAGAUACUUCUGAGGCCCUCAAGUUGGCUAAGGUACUCGAACAUCAGCAUCAGUCCAAACAUGCUAUGCGUCUUUGA